ACGCAACUAAACGUUUGGAAUGCCAAACAUGUCACUCACUGCAGCAACAUGUUUAGAUUACAAAUAAACUGCAGGCUGGGCUGCAGCACAGUAUCCAGCAUGCGUUCCCACUCUAAACCUCACAUUGAUACACUGUAUUUUGUUGGGUACAGUAAGAUUUGGGAAGGUUCAUUAAUAUCUCUGCAGUCAGACCAAUGUGUCCUGCUUCUCUUUAUCAACAGCGCUGCAUAUAACAUGCUGAACCGUCUGCCUCCUCUUUCUCGUCUCGACAGUGACAACUGAAUGAGUUGUUGGGAAAAAAAAACAAAACGCUUGUUUUUCCUGGAAUGGUUGAAUAUGACAUUCUAAGCGGAAACAGCAACAUGGAAUGGUGGAGAAAACAAAAAAACACACACAGAAGAUAAGAAAUAAGUAUGGAGGCUAUUACCAGUCACAGCAGCUGCGAAGAAGUCAGAGAAGCGCUGCUGAAGUCCGGCUUCUCUGAAACAACUGCAGACUUGUUUUAUGAGAAUGAAGUUGAUGGGAUGUCGAUUUUAAACAUCAAAGACCAGGAUUUGUUCCUUAUGCUGCCCAACAAGAUCGGCUUGGUUAGGAAACUGAUUGUAAUGAUAGAUGAGCGCAAAGCACAGGUAGCAGCCCUGCCGUCGUCUUCAGUGGUUAAAUUAGAGUCGCCAUCAUCAUCAUCAUUGUCAGAAAAUGAACUGGAACAAGAGCAAGUGCCAGAGCAAGGCCACGUUCAAGAACACGAGCGCCACGAUACUGCUGAUCCAAACUAUUCAGAUCGCAUUAAGACUCUACUGGAAAAUGGAAGAAUAAUUGAAGAUUUUGACAAAUUCAUUGAAGAAACUGCGUACUAUGUGUUAUCUCAUGGAGAUAUAACAAGUCGAAGACGUUAUGCUGAAUUUGGCAGACACAUGUAUGAACAAUUUCCAUGCAUAGGCUUCAGUGGUCAGCAACCCUGGUCCUUUUUUUGCAAAAAACUAUCACAAAAAAUACGGAAUCUAAGAUGGAAAAGAAAGAAAGGUUUAAACGGUUAUCCAGAUUUUACCAGCAGAAAAACACGCACAGAACUCCACUCAGCAGUAAGAGAAAUCCACAUGACUUUGAAACAAUGCACAAAGCUUAUUGCUGACGAACUGAGGAAGCCAAAUGUGCAGCAGAAUAGGACCCUGCUCAAACACCUUCAGAAGAUCUCGUACAAAGACAGACGGCAGGACAUUGCUCAGGCUGAAGAGGGAGCUGUCCAGGACAUUCUUAAGAAGUAUCCCUUAUUGAGUGACAUGGAGUAUAUCCAUUUAGAAUUUCAAAUGCUUGUAAAAGUUGGUGACCCAGCAGCAUCAUGGACUGCUCUUCUUGUAAACCUGGAGAAGGCCAUGUCAAUGGAGAGAAACAGUGAGGAGGGGAGUUACGUGGAGUACGAGGAAGUGCAUGCUCUCCAGCUUAUUGUGCAGCUGCAGAGUAAACUGAAGACAAGAAGUAAAGGAAAGAAACUACCCCCAGCAAUAUCGGUAACUGAUGCACCCACAGUUCAGCUGUCAGGUGACUCCAAUAAUCCACCCCGACUCCUUGUGAUCCAUCACCAAGACCCAGCGAGACCCCUGAGUGGAUUUGUAAUUACAGACAGGAUUUAUAUUUGUAAAGAGAACACCCUGCUGGGCAUCUUGUACGACCUCUUGGGCUGCUACUACGCCUGGAACCUCAGUUUCCCUGUGCAAUACCAAGUGCUGGGGUUUCUUCAGAGCUACCUUCUUAAAGACGGAAGAAAACCCUUUUUCAAAUCCUCAGCGUAUAUAAAGUUUCAGAAGACAUUCGAAAGUGUUUGUGACGAGUCCAGUGAGGAGUAUGUGCUCACCAAAGUUGGAUGAACUGUUUCUUUUGAGUUAUGGUAGAGGCCCUCAAAGUUUAAAUAUGUUUUGUUUCUCACUUUACCCCCUGGCCAUAAUUGACUUUUAGUUUCAUGUAUAUGUAUUUCAAUGUUAGCUGGCAGAGGACAUAUAUUAGAAAUUCAAGGUUUAACAAGAAACUUCAGCAAUGAAGCCCUUCUCUUUAAUUGAAUGCCUUUGUUGCUGUCUGUCUCAUAAAUCUUCAAUAUCAGUCUACGUCAUGAGCAUUGCAGGUGUUCUAUGAUCAAAAUGUUGAAAUGGCCCCUUCCAAACUGUCUUGGUAUGAAGGGGUCACGGACUAACGUUAAACUCCAAUUAGUUUACACACAAAAGGCACUACUGAUUGCAAGCCAUUGGGAUCCUUACAAAAACGGUGAAAGCAAACUACAAUACGUUUAGCAGACAACACAGAUAGAAUGCUGGGGUCCAGGGGCAAAGCCUUAGCUGGAAAAUGUGAGGCAGCGGUGGCUACUUUGACAGUAGAAGACUGCGUGGUGCUAAAGCGCUUCUUAUUCAAACUGUUAGGCAGCAUCAGAGAGGGCGAGACACCCUGUGAGAGACACAGGCAGCAUCAGAGAGGGCGAGACACACUGUGAGAGACACAGGCAGCAUCAGAGAGGGCGAGACACACUGUGAGAGACACAGGCAGCAUCAGAGAGGGUGAGACACCCUGUGAGAGACACAUAGGCAGCAUCAGAGAGGGCGAGACACCCUGUGAGAGACACAUAGGCAGCAUCAGAGAGGGUGAAACACCCUGUGAGAGACACACAGGUAGCAUCAGAGAGGGCGAGACACCCUGUGAGAGACACAUAGGCAGCAUCAGAGAGGGUAUGACCCUGUGAGAGACACAGGCAGCAUCAGAGAGGGUGAGACACCCUGUGAGACACACAGGCAGCAUCAGAGAGGGUGAGACACCCUGUGAGAGACACACAGGCAGCAUCAGAGAGGGUGAGACACCCUGUGAGAGACACAUAGGCAGCAUCAGAGAGGGUGAAACACCCUGUGAGAGACACAGGCAGCAUCAGAGAGGGUGAGACACCCUGUGAGAGGCACACAGGCAGCAUCAGAGAGGGUGAGACACCCUGUGAGAGACACACAGGCAGCAUCAGAGAGGGUGAGACACCCUGUGAGAGGCACACAGGCA